GCUUCCAAUGGACAAGGUUUCGGUUUUCGUCGACUAUUUUUGGGUUAUAUUCGUGAACGCACUCGAAAGUUUACAUUUUGAUUAAAAUAUUGAUUCAGCUGUGACUCCUCGUGCGCGUUCUUGUGUUUGGAGUUUAACAUAUGAUUAACUUGAAAGAUAUGUAUCCAUAAUCAAAACACAAGUUUUGUUUGAAACUUAAUCAUAUAACCAGCGAUUAUGUUCAAUCGUAUAAAAGUGUUUAUAAAAGUUAUGCUAGACAGUUGAUCGUAGAAGAAAAUGCUCAUGAAAAAUACACUGAUGUAUGAAUAGUGUUGAAUAGAUAUAUACACACAAGUUCCAAUACAUGAUUAUGAGGCAAUCGACCCACACAGACGACGGGAAUCGAGGGAAGUUGCGUCACCAUGCCAGGAGCGUCUGCUGAAAGGAAAGCCUCUGAGGACAUUUGCUCAGUCAAGAAAAAUGCAAGAAAAGAAGCGAGAAAGUGCUGAGUCUCUCGUCGGCUUAAUGACUUUGGCUGACUGAAUUACAAAUGUGAUUAUUUCAGUUCGAGUUGUUUGUUACUUGUCACUGAUUUUCCUCUGGUCUAAUUCGCGAUCAGUGCCUGGGGAGAAGGGGAGGAAAAGGUGGACAGCGAGGAAGAUUAAGGCGGACGGGUGGCUGUAAGAAAAGAAUGACAGAUAUCUGAUGGCGAAGGAUUAGGACGAAAGCCGGAAAUAAGGGGAAAAAAUGGUGGCACUGUCUAAUAACUGACAGCAGCCAAGAAAAAGAUACGACUAAUUGAUAUCAAAUGAAUAAUCAAAACAAUUUCUAAGAAUUAAAAAAAGAAAAGGAAAAUGUCUUCUCGAAUCGUCCCCCAGUGACUCGAACUCCCUUAGACACCGAGAAGAUUCUUCUGUAGCGACAACUCCUGCCCCCCCCCUCUUCCCCCUCCCCUUUUCUCCGGACCGACCCCUCUCCUGACCUGCCCCUCCCCCGCCGCCCUCCGCUAUGGUCCUAGAGAAAACGAAGUUCGUCGGGGCCCUCUUCCUUUUCCUCUUCUGUGUCUUCACCUCCGUCUUCGCAGGGUUCACGCUGGAGCAAGGCAUCCCGCACUUCAACACGAAGCCCUACUUCCUGCCGCCGGUCGCCACCAACGUCACGGCUUUGGAGGGACAGUCGGCCUACCUGCACUGCCGCGUGGCCCAGCUGGGCGACAAGAAGGUAUCAUGGAUUAGACGUCGGGACCUGCAUGUGCUGACGUCGGGGGUUCACACCUUUGCGUCAGACCAGCGGUUCAUAGCCCUCCACGCAGACCGGUCGGAGAACUGGACUCUCCAUAUCAGGUUCAGCCAAGCCCGUGACUCCGGUGCCUACCAGUGCCAGGUCAACACUGAUCCCAGGAUUUCUAUGCUCUUCCAUCUCACGGUCACAGAGGCAGCGACACUGAUGGACGGCUCCAGCCAGAGAUACGUGCGGGCAGGAAGCGACAUUCAGCUCUCUUGCAGAACAUCCGUGGCCUCGCAACCCCCAGGCCUCCUGUACUGGUAUCGGGACGCGGAGAUCCUGAACAGCGGCGGCCGCGUCGACAUCGCGACGGAGCUGGAGAACGAGACCAAGAGCAAGCUGCUGAUCAAGGGCGCCAGGGUCAGCGACUCCGGGAACUACACCUGCUGGCCCACCAAGUUCCUGCCGGCCUCAGUCAUGGUGCACGUCAUACCAGAGGCGAAGGCGGCCGCCAAAUCGCAGGGCGGAGGCACGGGCGGCAACGCGGCCGCGGCGGGCACGACCACGGUGGCCCCCGUCACGGCGUCUUCCGGCGGAGGCGGCGCGCCCACGACCCACCUGCCGCUGCUGUUGGCAAUGGCAGCUCUGCUCUUCCCCCUGGCCGUCCCCGCGCCCCUCGCCCGCCGCCCGCCCGCCAGAUAGUUGCCAGGCGCCACCACCACGCCCUCAUCGCCCUGCGGUUGGCGCUGGUUUUAGUUUAGGUUCUCGGCGAUUGUUUUCCUCACGUCGACAACUGUCUCUUCCUUUCCUGGCUCUUUCCUUAACGGCCUCGCUGUGGUGGUGCUGCGGCGUCGGACUCUGUCGCCGCUGCCGCUGGCUCCGGUGGCGACAGCGGCGUCACCUGGAACCACAGGUCAGUCCAAGGUGUCUAAACAGACGACAGGAUAACGCAGAAACAAAUACAAAGGUAUACUUUUAUGUGAUAAGCCAUAGGGAAAUCGAAUGGCAAGAUUUUUUUUUUCAAAUAUAUUAGUGCAAUGACCAUUGUAACUAAAGUAUUUAAGAGACGUCUUUUGGUGAAUACAAAAUGGAAAGAAAAUCCUAUUUCAGGUUCAGUUCGCACCUGUGAAAAUAAAAGAUUUCAAUGUCGUUUUAAAGUGUAACAUU